GGUUUGCCAAUGCCAUGUAUACGGCCGCCAGGUGUAUCCAGGGCACUCAGGGGCUGGAGGAGAAGCGCUGGAUCAAGAGGAACUUGGGUGGGAAAGGAGGAGGAAAACUUGAUGAUUUGAUUGCGCUUUUGUUUCUUGAACAAUUCAAGCCUGCUCUUCAACCAACUGCCGAUGGUUUCACGGACGAGAGAAAUCACUUUAGAAAUAUCAGUGCCGGUCCAAUUGGCCCCAGCCGCAAGCCCAUUUCACAGCAGGAAUACUUGGACAAGGUGGAAGAGGCGGUCCUGGAAUCAGACGGCUUGGAAACGUAUAUAGAGAUUCUCAAGAAGAAUGGCCUUCAAAUGGAUGAAAAUCAGAUCAAGCAAUUCCUUGAAUUUGCCAGACAACAGGCAGAAAGGGAGAACAAGCAGGAGGUGCAGGACGGGGUCGGGAAGCUUGGUCUUGAUUUUGAAGACUUCCAAAAAAAAUGUGCUCAGCGACCCAAACGCAGAAAAGUUGCUAGAGUUAUACAACAGAGCCGAAAGUCAGAUUAUUAUUCCCCAAGCCUCAACCGAAGAUGAGGAGAGUAAGGAUCCAUACUACAACCAAAGUGCAGAAUCCAUCAUUUUAGAAAAUACUUGCAAGAUAUUCGCUGCCAGGAUCCUGAUGGAGUGCGGCCUUCAGAGUCUCUAAGAGUCUCGACUACAGUACAGCUUUCCUGGGAGAAUUGGAGACAGGUUAUAUACAUACAUAUGACCGUGCAGGGUAG